UCUUUCCUUUGGAGUCCGACUUUGUACUCAGUGCUCAACCAGGAUGCUCUUGGUGCUGUGGCAUCAGCAAUGAUGACAAUAUAUCCUUGAGAGAAGUUUGUUUUUGGGUAAGCCCAUUUUUGUCUUUGGUCAACAACCUGUAGCCAUGGCUAUACCCUGAUAAUACUGAGCUGCUGAGAUGCGUCUUCCAAUUCCAAGGCCUUCCACAGUGUUUCUCAGCAAUAUCCUCUUCCUGUUGUCUUAACUUCUCUUGAAAGCGAUGCUCCAAAUCCUCAACUUCCUGCUUAUGGGCUUUAUGCCGUUUCUCCCGCUCCUCCUUGUUGGUUGGUCUGCAACUCUGACUUGGCACUGCUGAGACCGUGAGCACUCUAGGAUUUUGUCUCUGACUUGCUGCUCUUUCUGCUGGAGCUCUUCCUCCUUCUUGGCAUGGUCUUUCUUCAUGCACUCCUCAUUUUGCUGAAGUAUUUUCUUGAAUUUCUCCUGCAUCUCUUUGGCCUUCUCUUUAAUCUUGUCCAUCUUGGUUUCCUGUGUCUUGAGCUUACCCUCCAUCUAUUUUACCAGGCUUGCAAUCUUUUCUGUGUGGGUAGCCUUUGCAUCAUCCAGCCCUUUCCUCAACCAUUGUUCCUCUUCGUGCCUGGCAAUAACUUCCUCAAUGUGCAAUUUCUCCUCCUCAGAGAGAUCUUUCUUGGUCUGUUGCAACUGUUGCUCCAUUUCUUUAAGGUGUUCCACAGAGAUAGGGUUUGUUGUAACAACAGAGCAGCCAGUCUUCACUUGGUUGUUAUCUCCACCACGAAGUGGUCCAUUAAUGACCCAGCCGGCUUUUGUUCGGACUGCGUAUGGUCCUUCGCCUUGGCUGUUGAUCAGUUCCCAGGGUUCCAUCACUUUUGUUGCAUCAGUGCCGAUGAGCAAAUCCACAUCUGCAUCCAUAUCGUGAAUCUUUACAUUCCUCAGGCAUGGAAAGAAAGAUGAAGUAAAGUUUUUACUCUUCAGGAGCUUCAUAUCAAGUCCUUCACCACUCUCACGUAAGUCAACUCUAUGUCUGGUUGCUAGAACAAAGCAACAUCAUUUCUAUUUACAUGCAUUGAUACAGCCUAUAUAUUAUUUCAAGUUUUAUUCAAGCAAUAACGGUGUUAUUUUGACCUUGGGCAGACAAACACCAUGUUUUAUCUUUUGUUUUCCUGUUCAUAUCUGUGUCUAAACUUCUCAAGAUUCGAACAUGUCCAAUUAAAUGUAAUCUUUCAAGGUAUUACAUCACAUGAUCAGGGUUAUUAUCAUUGUUCUUCUUGGAAUAUUGGUAUUAUAUCUCUUGAAUAUUAGUUGAAUUGUCAUGGAAACAGUUGUUUAUUUUAAAUAUAAAUGUCUAUAGCAGUUUACAAUAUCUUACUAUAAUUUGUUUAGUACUGAAUACCUUAAGUGUAGCACGAUAUUAAGGGUAGGCACAGAAGUUAAUUUCCUCUGUAGUUUUAAUGAUGAGAUUAAGAGAUUUUUGUAUUUCUCCUGAUGAAGUUCUGGAGAGAACAUGACUGGAUCCUGGAGAAUAUUUCUGCUCUGUAGUCUCCUGCAAGGUGCUGGGUGCAACACUGCAAAAUACCCAGUGGUAUUUGCUGCACCUCGUUUGAUGACCCCCGAGGAGCAGGUGGUGGAGGGGACACCUGUGGAGCUGAGGUGCUCUGCUCCAUCCUACUCUCAAACCCACCCCCCCACUGUGACGUGGACCCCCGCCCUGGGGCUCAGCACCCAGCUCCAGCAGGGCGAUACCGUGACCUCCACUCUGACCUUCAACGCCUCCCACCUCCACCAUGGAAACAAUGUCUCCUGCACUGCGGCCUACUACAUACCAUCUGGGAACAAAACUGUGACGUCUACAAGAUACAAGAUACUCAGUAUCUUAUAUGCCCCCAGGAAGACCUCUGUUGUCUGCAGCCCGUGUCUUCCAGCCGGAGAGGGAGGCUGCCUGAACCUGACCUGCUCCAGUCAUGCUAACCCUGCUGUCAGCGAGUUCACCUGGUACCGAAUACACGGAGAACACAUCCUUAAGAUCGGGAGUGGAUCUUCUCUGUCCAUCCAGCUGUUGAGCACCAAUAACUGGUUCUUCUGUGUAGUCAGGAAUGACAUUGGCAUUGAAACAUCUAAUAUCUACAAGAUCGACAUUCAAGACGUGGUGCUGUGCAUUUUCAAAUCUGCUGUGAUGUUCGUGGGAUUGGUGUCCGUGGUUGUGUGCUUUAUAAGAACUCGGAGAGUGGGUGAGGAGACGCGGUCCUUUAACGCUUCCACUGUGAAGCGAGCCCCCCCAGACGAGGAGGAGUCCCAGGUGGUCUUCGGAGGUGAGGAGGACAUCUACGUUAACAGCGGGAUGCAGAUGAACCCGGUUUGGCCGAGAGAGGAGUCUGUUGGACCGAGAGAGGAGGCUGUUCUGAGAGCCGGUUCCCCAGUCUCAACGCACCGUGAUGCAGCCUCCUCCCGCCUGAUAGGCCCUGCAGGCUCCCACCCAGGACGGCCGGUCUCUAGGGAGCUGACUGACGAUACUCAAACUUGGAAGAUGGGUGAGGAAACGCGGUCCUUUAACGCUGCCAUUGUGAAGCGAGCCCCCCCAGACGAGGAGGAGUCCCAGGUCGUCUUCGGAGGUGAGGAGGUCAUCUACGUUAACAGCGGGAUGCAGAUGAACCCGGUUGGACCGAGAGAGGAGGCUGUUCUGAGGGCCGGUUCCCCAGGCUCAACGCACCGUGAUGCAGCCUCCUCCCACCGGAUAGGCCCUGCAGGCUCCCACCCAGGACGACCGGUCUCUAGGGAGCUCACUGAAGAUACUCAAACUUGGAAGAUGGGUGAGGAAACGCAGUCCUUUUACGCUGCCACUGUGAAGCAAGCUCCCCCAGACGAGGAGGAGUCCCAGGUCGUCUUCGGAGGUGAGGAGGACGUCUACGUUAACAGCGGGAUGCAGAUGAACCCGGUUGGGCCGAGAGAGGAGUCUGUUGGACCGAGAGAGGAGGCUGUUCUGAGAGCCGGUUCCCCAGUCCCAACGCACCGUGAUGCAGCCUCCUCCCGCCUGAUAGGCCCUGCAGGCUCCCACACAGGACGACCGGUCUCUAGGGAGCUCACUGAAGAUACUCAAACUCGGAAAGUGGCUGAGGAAGCACGGUCCUUUAACGCUGCCACUGUGAAGCGAGCCCCCCCGGACGAGGGGGAGUCCCAGGUCGUCAUCAGAAGUGAGGAGGACGUCUACGUUAACAGCGGGAUGCAGAUGAACCCGGUUGGGCCGAGAGAGGAGCCUGUUGGACCAAGAGAGGAGGCUGUUCUGAGGGCCGGUUCCCCUGUCUCAAUUUACCGUGAUGUAGCCUCCUCCCGCCUGAUAGGCCCUGCAGGCUCCCACCCAGGACGACCGGUCUCUAGGGAGCUCACUGAAGAUACUCAAACCCGGAAAGUGAGUGAGGAGACGCGGUCCUUUUACGCUGCCACUGUGACGCGAGCCCCCCCAGACGAGGAGGAGUCCCAGGUCGUCUUCGGAGGUGAGGAGGACGUCUACGUUAACAGCGGGAUGCAGAUGAACCCGGUUGGACCGAGAGAGGAGCCUGUUGGACCGAGAGAGGAGGCUGUUCUGAGAGCCGGUUCCCCAGUCUCAACGCACCGUGAUGCAGCCUCCUCCCGCCGGAUAGGCCCUGCAGGCUCCCACCCAGGACGACCGGUCUCUAGGGAGCUGACUGAAGAUACUCAGUAAACAGUUUAUGAUGACCAAGUACUUCCUCGAGGUAGAUAUUUUAAAAAGUUAGUAUAUAGCUUUUUUUUAAUAAGUUCAUAACCAUCGGUGUCAGUGGCAGCCUGCCCCAUACGCUGAAUAUGCAGUUGUGUGGACCAGUCAAGCCAGUUCACAAAAGUUAAUUAAUUCUCUAAUUCAAGAUCCAUUCGGAGGGGUUAUGUUGCCCUCUGGUGGUGAUUUGCAUUCACAGCCCAGGUAGAGAAGGCUCGUAGUUGUCCAUAGUGAAUUUUUACGCAAUAUAAAUUUUCAUACAUUGUGUGCAACAUGACAGCAAAUCUAUUGAAAUUAUAAAUGUAUUAAAUGUAAUUCUAGCCUUUUUGCCAAAUAAACAUUGGGCAAGUUUCUACAAGGUUUUAUAGCAAUGUCUAAUGUUAAUUAAAUGUGUAGCCAUCUCUUUUAAACAAUUGCAGUCUUCAGUUUUUUUUUUAACGUCACAGUUCUCAGCUCAAGGCAAGGAGCGGACCCAAAGAAAGACUUGCCUAGGGCCAACACUGACCAGUGUACCUGAUACCCCACUAGUGUCCCUGGUAACAUCUAGCGUCCUAGGCAACAACUAGCAUACCUUGGGGCCCAUGGUAACAGCAGUCUUCCUGGUCAGUAUUAAACAAGAGCAGUGUUUAAAGUAUUGACAGAGUACAUUAUUAACAGUAUUAAGAGCAGCAUCAAUAGUAUGAACACUGAACACUUUACAGUAACAGAACAGUAUUAUCAGUAUUCAAUGGAAAUCCUGAUUUAUUUAUUUCACAACAUUCAUAGUACUGCAAAAGCAAUGGAUUUCAUCAGUCUCAAGCACUAUUGUGUAACCUAAUUCGGCGAUAGAUUGUCAAGAUUGCCACGGCAAAUGUGUUAUGUAACACAUUCAGGGUGGCAGUAGCUCAGGUGGUAGAGCGGGCUGGCUGUCGCCUUGCAUGGUUGACUCUGCCGUCGGUGUGUGAAUGUGUGCGUGAAUGGUGAAUGUGAGGCAAUAUUGUAAAGUGCUUUGGGUGGCCAAUGGCUAGAAAAAGCGCUAUAUAAAUGCAGUCCAUUUACAUUUAACACACCUGCUGAACUACAUCACACAUUGACCAUGAUAAGUCAUCAGAGAUUAAGGCCACUGUGGCAGUGUGUGUGUGUGUGUGUGUGUGUGUGU